CUUACCCUCUCCUCCUCCGUAGAAGCUUGUAAUGUUGACUAAACUGAAGAAACUUUAAAGAAAGUCGACGAGCUGCCCUUCCAGAAAGUUCCACUGCUCUUUACCGGCACUUUUGACCGUAUUAUGUCCACAUAGCACCGAGAGGUUGUUCCAGUUCGGUAACCGCCGGGAGGAAACACCGAACUGUGAAGUAUGCACAUGUUGGCGUCAAACGGAUCCAUAAUGGACCUGGAGUCUGACUGGGUGAAAAUUAAAGCGCAUUACUGUGGGGACAUGCUGAUCACAGACCUGGCGGCCUCGGUAACCUUUCUAGAGCUGUGCACUGAGGUGAGAGGGAUGUGCAGCGUUGCCAGGCAGCAGCCGAUCACGCUGAAGUGGAUCGAUGAUGAAGGAGAUCCUUGUACCAUCUCGUCUCAGAUGGAGCUGGAGGAAGCUUUUCGUAUCUACAAUCGGACUAAGAAGAAGUCUGGACUGCUGCUGCACGUGUUCCCCAGUAUCCCAGAGCGACCCGGCAUGCCCUGCCCAGGAGAGGACAAAUCGAUCUACCGCCGGGGGGCCAGAAGAUGGAGGAAACUGUACCGAGUCAACGGACACCUCUUCCAGGCCAAACGCUUUAACAGGAAAGCCGACUGUGGCCACUGUAGUGAAAGGAUAUGGGGGCUGGGCCGGCAGGGCUACAAGUGUAUCAACUGCAAACUGCUGGUCCAUAAGCGCUGUCACAGACUCUUCCCUCAGACCUGCCAAACGCUUAUGGAUCCAGCCAUGCCAUCACAGGAGCCCCCCUCAGAUGGAAAAGGAGAAGAGGUGGACCUUCCACCAGAUGACACAGAGGACGCCGACGGGAUACCGUUUUUACCGCACAACUGUACGGUGGAUAAAACAGAUGAUGGAGACACAGAGGACAUCAAAACGGUGGUGGACGGUAUCGACGGCAUCAAGCUCUCUCCGGGUCUGGCUCUCGGUCUCGGAGACUUCGACCUGGUGCGGGUUAUCGGGCGCGGCAGCUACGCCAAAGUCCUGCUGGUUCGGUUAAAGAAGAACGAGCAGAUGUACGCCAUGAAGGUGGUGAAGAAGGAGCUGGUCCACGAUGAUGAGGAUAUCGACUGGGUGCAGACAGAGAAGCAUGUGUUUGAGCAGGCGUCCACCAACCCUUUCCUCGUCGGCCUCCACUCCUGCUUCCAGACAGAAAGUCGGUUAUUUCUGGUGAUUGAAUACGUAAAUGGCGGGGAUUUGAUGUUCCAUAUGCAACGACAGAGGAAGCUCCCUGAAGAACAUGCAAGAUUUUAUGCAGCAGAAAUCUGUAUCGCUCUGAACUUCCUGCAUGAAAAGGGAAUCAUCUAUCGCGAUCUGAAGCUGGACAACGUGCUCCUGGACCAUGAAGGACACAUCAAGCUCACAGACUACGGCAUGUGCAAGGAGGGGAUAAGACCGGGCGACACUACCAGUACUUUCUGUGGAACACCGAACUACAUUGCACCGGAGAUCCUCAGAGGAGAAGACUACGGUUUCAGCGUGGACUGGUGGGCUCUUGGCGUGCUGAUGUUUGAGAUGAUGGCGGGCAGGUCUCCAUUCGACAUCAUCACUGACAAUCCUGACAUGAACACGGAGGAGUACCUGUUUCAAGUUAUUCUCGAGAAGCCCAUUCGCAUCCCAAGGUCUCUGUCGGUGAAAGCUGCCAGCGUGCUCAAGGGCUUUCUCAACAAGGAUCCCAAGGAGCGGCUGGGGUGUCAGGUUCAGACGGGCUUCACAGAUAUCAAGUCACACACGUUUUUCCGCAGUAUAGACUGGAACCAGCUGGAGAAGAAGGAGGUGACGCCGCCCUUCAAACCUCAAAUCUCCGAUGAGUACGGCCUCGAAAACUUCGACACGCAGUUUACUAAUGAACCAGUGCAGCUAACACCAGAUGAUGAGGACGUCAUCAAGAGAAUAGACCAGUCGGAGUUUGAGGGAUUUGAAUACAUCAACCCCCUGCUGCUAUCCACGGAGGAGUCUGUAUGAAGGAGAGACACACUUCCUCCUUCGCCCACCUUCUGUUCGUCCAAGCUGCCGUCUCAGCCAAAAAACACUCGCGAGCCGACUCCGUACGGUGAGGAGGAGGAGGAGGAAGAGUAAAGGACAUCAGUGAGGAUGAACUCAGCCCGUGGACAUGUCAACACGAGGAGAGCUUCCCUCCUGGACGAUUGUUUCCUUUGGUACCAAACUGGUUUUCUUUUGGUAUCUCCUCAGAAAACAAAGACUUCAGAACAUUCCCUGUCGCUCCGCUGUCUUCCCCCGUUUCUUUUUCUGUUCUCUUCCUCCUUCGUCUUUGUUCCUUUCUCUCCUCAGAAUGUCCAUCCUCAUGUCGAAGCACGAGCGGCUUCGACAUGUGAUCAGAGAGCUGUCUCAUUCUGUGCCUGCCAUCAUGAACACGUCUCCACCCGCCUCACAUCCCCGUCAACGACAGUUCUGCUGAGGGACUUGAAUUUUACGUGCACUUUUUUUUGGUUAAUUCCUUUUUUUUUGUAUUUUGUAGGGGGGCAGAGAUGCCCCACACAGAACAAGAAUGUACACUGACAGGAAAUUAAGUUAUUAUUGUGUAAAAUAAUGUAGGUAGUGGUACAAAAAUGACGAUGCCUUUUUAUCGAUGCAAGUGGCACAGAUUCAUCCGCAAACACGGCGUUUUCUUUUUCUUACUUUUAUGAUUUUACAAACUAAGAAGGGGAGGGGACUCUUUUUAUUUAAGAAGUGCCUCAAAGAUCGUAUGAAGUACCAUGUCUCUGAUUGCACUUAUUUACAUCGACCGUCACGGCUGCAGAAGGAAAUCUGCAACCAUGAUCUGCCAGGGCUCGUCCAAAACCUUCAGAUUUUAAGGAGAAUCUGUGUUUUUGGAGCACUCUGGCUUCUUCUGGCCCUGACACAUCACUGAAUCUCUCGUUUCAUAAAGAACCAACUCAAAGAAUCAGAAUAAAUCAAAUCAGGAGUGGUCUUUGGAUUAGAAAGGUUAGUGGUGGCAUAAAGGGGGACAAGCUGAAGGGUAAAAGUUGAUGUUUUCUCAGAAUUCACUGUUAAAAUGGACCAUUCUCCGAUGAUGACAGUACACUCACAGUGGGAAACUCAAAUCGUAUCAUGCUCUUAUAUUCCGAGUCGUUUGUCGACUUUUUAGAUUCAAACAUUUCCUGAUGGAAACAUGACGACAAAGACAACGUAAACCAAAAAUCCAGGGACAGAUCGGACCAUAGUUUUCAAAUUUUCUGAUGCAUGAACCCUAAAUUUUACAUUCUCCUUCUGUGCAGUGAUCUGCACAUGCAGCAUACUCUGGAGCACAUCGCUCCCCCUCUACUCAAAGUUUGCAGUUUAAUGCAUGUUAUUGUUCCCUGUUUUCACAGCCCUGUUCAUGAGUUUUACUUCAUAAAUCUCCCUACAGUUGACCUGAUUCACUGUAGAAAUCAGCUGCGAAAAUUCAGCAUCAAAGCAUUCUGUGCAAGCGAAUGGAGUUGUCUGCUUUUACUUUGAAAAGCACAAACCAGAAGCGUAACUAUACUGAAUAUACAGUAUAUCUGAAUAAGGGAGAAAAGACUCUUAAAACCCAACUUUGUCUGUGCACCCACGAUUAUUUUAACGGAACUGAUCAUUGAUGCAACCCAUGUUACUAAAGUUUGCACAAGUUCUUCUUUAUGCAGCUUUAUAUUUAAGACUGCAGUGCUGCAGGGCAGUGGAGCUAAAUACUGACCUGCAUGCUUAAUAUUCUGUUUUUAGCUCAAAUAAAUCCUCUAAGUUUUUCUAUAAGCAUUAAUUGAAUGUAAAAAAAUUGCAUUAAUAUAUUUUUAUUAAUGCAAGCCCUAUCUAUCAUGUCAGUGAUAAUCAAACAUUCACAAAGACAUUGCUGACACUAAAGUUAGCAUCUAUCAUACUGGACUAAUCAAACCUGUUAUAAACAAUAGAUGUGGUCCAAUCUCCCCCUGGAUUUUUAGUUUCUGUUGUUUUUGUGGUCGCUUCCCAACCAGGAAACAUUAGCAUGAAACCAGUAGAACCUGGAUUAUAACAGAAUGACGCGAUAACAUCUGAGCUUCCCACCUUCAGGGUGACAUCACAGUAACAUGGCUGCCGUGGGAACAUAAUCUGUUCUUUCCCUCCCAUAUUCACUGUAGCAUAAAUGUUAACUUUUGGCCCUUCUUGGUCUGACAGCUUUAGUUUGAUCAAACUUACAUAAAUAUGAUGCUCUCUGCGGCGUGCUCAGGCUUUCUGGCCGAGCUCAGAUUCUUCCUCACCAGUUUCUGCUGUGUGACCAUCUGCAGCCGGCCAUAAAGAUCCUCUGAGCGCCUGGUCGUGCUGUCUUGUGGAAAAGUGUCUCUGCUUCCAUUCUGGGACAUUUGUGUGUUUCUAACUCCAUACCAAGGCUGGAUUUACAUGGUGCAACUACAGCUCAGUGCAACUGCAGAGAUCUUUCCUUAGGUGAAAAGGCAGCAGGUUGUUUUUGCAGUAACUUAACCUGCGAGUAAGAGACAGGAAAUGUGAUCAGCAAGUUUAUGCUGCUUUAAGACUAAAAAGCCAGAUGAAUUUUAGUUAGCAGUGUUUUUGAGCGUGGUGGAUCGAGCAUCCCUUUUGGUUCCAUACCAGGAUGGCGACCAGAUUUAAAAAGCUUUCAGACAUUUGGUCACGUUGUUCCAUCACAGUAAGCUGUGUUGAUUUUACACUGAAGUAUAAGGAGCAACUGUGCCUCCUUCACUCCCAAAAGGGGGUUUCUUUUAUUGACCUGGAAUGUGGACAUACUCGAGCGCGACUCUGAAAAACAAAAAAAAAACAAAACAAAACAAAAAAAACAAAAGAAAAAGCUGGACUCUCACUUGAAAUUAUGCGUAUUACCUUAUUUUUAGAAGAAAAAAGUUGCACCAUUUUAUGAAGGUACAGGGUAGACUGCUAUGGGCACAUGAAAGAAAAAAGCAACAUUACAAGAGUUGUAAUAUUAAAAGAUUACAGUCAUGAAUUGACAGGAUUUGAGUCGCAACUGUUGAAGAUUUAAUUGAUCAAUUGACAUUUCAAUAUUAAUCCAUGGUUAAAUGUUUUAUUUUGAAGGCUGAAAUAUUAGACCUAUAUUUAGGAAAAUAAAGAAGUUACCCAUGAACAUGGUUGCCUGCGUUAGCUUAUUCUUAACUCUCAGAAACUACGAUUUUAAUCCUGUAAAUUUACCAUAAAACUACUACUAAUAAUUAUAAUAAUAACUUUAUUUGUAUAGCACUUUAAACACAAGAGUUUACAAAGUGUUCUGAUUUGCAUAAGUAAAUGGAAGAAAAAAGCAACAAAACCCAACAAAGACAAAGAAGACAGAGGUAAGCAGAACCCAAAACAGUUCAAGAACUAAACCAAAAACCUGAUUAAAAUUAUAAUUCAACAACAUAAGACACCAAGAACCCAGACGUCAGGAGAUACCAUGCAAACUAAGGCAUCAGUCAGAGUGCAGGAAUCAUCACAGACGUCAUCAGAAUGCAGGCAUCACUUCAUCAUAAACCAAAAUAACAGGAACAGAGGAACCCAGCUACACAGGCCGAGACCAAGAGGACCAAAAAGACCAAAAGACCAAAACAAAAAGGACUAAAAUCAAAACGAGAGAAAAAAACAGUAAAAGGCGGUAAAAUGUCAUUAAAGGGGGCAAAAAUAAAUAAAUAAAUCAGAUAUGGUAGCUAAGGUACAGAAUAGAGGAGCAAAAAAUAAGUAACACUUUAAAGUGAGGACGGCGAAGACGAUUUAAAACCGCCAAAGGGGCAAGGAAAUAAAAUGAGGUUAAUAAGGAAGAAAGGUGAGUAAAAGAUUAGAGGAAAUGAAAUGUGGUGAAAAAUUCAAAUAAAGUCAAAAUCUGUGAGAAGAUAAAUAGUCAUUUAAAAGAUGUCUCUGAUUCUGCACGCCGUAUCUCCUCAGGCAGGUCGUUCCAAAGUUGAGGCCCUCUGAUGGUCAAGGCCCUGCCACCUUCACAUUUAAGUCUCGACUUUGGAACGACCAGGAAACCCUCGCAUGAGGAUCUGUGGCUGCAGGCUGGCUCAUGGGGGUUAAAAGUUCUGUUGUAUAGAUUGAAACCUUCAGUGGUUUAAAGGUGAUGACGAAAAUCAUAAAAUCAUUUCUAAAACUAACGUAAGUUGAUGUUAAGGUGCUAAAAGAGGGGUUAUGUGAUAGUGAAACUUUUGUCUAAAAUUAUGACUCAAAUCCUGAAGCUUUAGUGAGAGUCUUUAGUUUAAUUCUGAUGCUGGUUUCAAACACACAUUGUCUUCCCUUUAUCCUGUUUAGUUCAUGAAUUCAGCCUGAUUAAACCCAUUUACCCACCUAAAUUUAACUUUAUGUGAAGUAAUGCAGCCUUUAAUCUGUGCUCUUCAGUGAAAGGACAUGAUGAAGACGGGAUCUCUCGCACUUAAGCCCCUCACUGGUGGAGGUCGGUGCUCCAGUAACGUGUCAGCGUCCCUGAUACAGACUGAAAGAACGGAUGUGGAAAUGAAACCACGUCUCUGUCUCAGCAGACAGACAGAAGCUGCAGGUUUACUGACGACCUUCACAGACUCAGUUACCAUACCAACUCUGAGUUUAGGUUGCCCCUCCUUGUGAAACAGGCUUGAGUCACCUCUCAUUCUUAGGUUUGGGUCUCUCAAACUGAAAUCUUACUUUCCCUCUUUUCAGGGUUAACAGACUCAAGGUUUGCACUAAACCUGCUUUAUGAAAUGGGCUCCAGGAAUUCCUAGACCUUGAACCUGCAAAAUUAGGGAUAGGUCUAAGUGGAGGACAAGAUUGAGCCCAAGAUCUGGUUUUGCAUCUGCAGAAGUUGCCCGUGUAAAUCCAGCCAGCAUGCACGAUGGUCAGCUCUCCAUCAAGCAUCAACUCCUCAGCUCUACAAAAACAGGAAGCCAUUUGUACACAGAGAAAUUUUAGCCUCCCAAACUGCCACCUUUCUACGGCCAAAGCGACAUUUAUAACCACGUUUUUUAGCCUCAUGCUGCUGAAACGUUUGGAUUAAAUCAAACACAUCAUUGAUUAUCAGCUCUGAGCGCGGAUCAAAGUUAGGGACAGCUCGCCUCUGAAAUCUCUCCGUCUGCGAGCUCCAGAGAAAAAGAACAGAAGAAGAAGAGGAGCUCUGUCCCUAUUGGCUGAGAUGUAUUUGAUGAAAUCUGACCCGUGCUAAUGUGAUAAGCACAUAAUAGGAUUAAUUAGCUGAUCCCGAGUCAAAGGGUCUCAAUUAGCCGCAGGGCGAAAAGAAAAAGAUGGAGAGAGAGGAGAGAUAAUGAAGCUGAUCCAUGCUCACCAAUUAGUCUGAUAUAAUGAACACACACACUGGAAGAAAUCCUCCAACAUUUCCAGGAAGCCUCCCCUCAGACUCGCUCUCUUUGCUGCGUGUUGUCGGAUCUUUUUGCACAGCGGGUAAAACAUUAGUGACAUUUUUUUGGUUUCUUGGGGGACUAAGAGAUAAACAGAGAGUCCUUGAAACCACAUUAGAGCCCCGCAAAGGCCGCUGGAGCAUUUUAGAGAAGGAGAAUUUUAUCUGGAAACGAAUGAACUUUGUCCAUGAUUUCUUUUCUAACAUAAUGCCGGUUGGACUCGCUUGAUUUUGCUUCACCGCAUCUUUGUAAAUAUGUGUAAUUAUUAAAAUGAUACUGG